AUGCCCAAGGAGAAGACCACUAGACAGGCCGCCAAAGGUCGUCGCGACAAGAAGAAGAAGGACCCCAACGCGCCAAAGCGUGGUCUCUCCGCCUAUAUGUUCUUCGCCAACGAGCAGCGUGAGAAUGUUCGCGAGGAAAACCCUGGCAUUUCCUUCGGCCAAGUCGGUAAACUCCUUGGAGAACGCUGGAAGGCACUGAGCGACAAGCAACGUGCUCCCUACGAAGAAAAGGCUGCCGCGGACAAGAAGCGCUAUGAGGAUGAGAAGGCUAGUUAUAAUCAAGCUCCGGAGGAGGACGAAGAAUCCGCCUUAGAUAUCGGAAGGAUGAAGUUUGAUCUAGGCUUGUGA